AUGGCUGCAGCCCUGCAAAUCCUGCCCUGCCUGCCCAGAGCCCUCUUGCGCCUGCUUCCCCGGCGGGGGCUAGUAACCCAAGUGACCAGUACCAUGGCCCUGCCAGAGCAGGCACGGCGAUUGUUUGAGAGCACUGUGGGUGCUGUACUACCAGGUCCCAUGCUGCAUCGGGUGCUGGCCUUGGACCCCACUGGCAAGUUGCUGAAGGUGCGGGACCGAAGCUUUCAGCUGCGGAACAACCUUUACAUGGUGGGCUUUGGCAAGGCUGUGCUGGGCAUGGCAGCGGCUGCUGAGGAGCUACUGAGCCAGCAUCUCGUGCAGGGCGUAAUCAGCGUGCCCAAGGGGAUCCGUGCUGCUGUGGAACGUGCCGGCAAGCAGGAGAUGCUGCUGAAGCCUCACAGCCGUGUCCAGGUCUUUGAGGGCGCCGAGAAUAACCUGCCAGACCGUGAUGCACUCAGGGCUGCACUGGCCAUCCGGCAGCUGGCUGAGGGGCUCACAGCCGAUGACCUGCUGCUGGUGCUCAUCUCAGGUGGGGGCUCAGCCCUGCUGCCAGCCCCCAUCCCUCCAGUCACACUAGAGGAGAAGCAGAUGCUCACCAAGCUGUUGGCAGCCCGUGGAGCCACCAUCCAGGAACUGAACACUAUCCGGAAGGCCAUGUCCCAGCUGAAGGGUGGGGGGCUGGCUCAGGCCGCCUACCCUGCCCAGGUGGUGAGCCUGAUCCUCUCUGAUGUAGUGGGAGACCCAGUGGAGGUGAUCGCCAGUGGCCCCACUGUGGCCAGUGCCCACAAUGUGCAAGAUUGCUUGCAUAUCCUCAAUCGAUACGGCCUCCGAGCUGCCUUGCCGCGCUCCGUAAAGACUGUGCUGGCUCGGGCCGACUCGGACCCCCACGGGCCUCAUACCUGUGGUCAUGUCCUCAAUGUGAUCAUUGGCUCUAACCUGCUGGCAUUGGCUGAGGCCCAGAGGCAGGCUGAGGCAUUGGGCUUCCGGGCUGUGGUGUUGAGUGCAGCAAUGCAGGGUGACGUGAAAAGUGUGGCCCAGUUCUACGGGCUGCUGGCACGAGUGGUUGGAGCCUGUCUAACCCCCCUCGGAGCUGGGGCUUCUGCAGAGGAGCAUAUAGAAUUGCACAGGCUGGCUGCUGAACUCCAUGUCCCAGACCUGCAGUUGGAGAAGGCUCUGGAGGCUGUGACAGGGGCUCAGGGUCCUGUUUGCCUGAUGGUUGGUGGUGAGCCCACGGUGCAGCUCCAGGGCUCAGGCAGAGGUGGCCGGAACCAGGAGCUGGCCCUGAGAGUUGGAGUAGAGCUAGGACAGCAGCCACUGGGACCUGUUGAAGCUCUGUUUUUGAGUGGUGCCACUGAUGGGCAGGAUGGGCCCACUGAGGCUGCUGGGGCCUGGGUCACAUCGGAACUUGCCAGCCAGGCCGCUGCUGAGGGGCUGGAUGUGACCACCUUUCUAGACCAAAAUGACUCACAUACUUUCUUCUGUCGCCUUCGGGGUGGGGAGCACCUGCUAUACACAGGGCUGACUGGUACUAAUGUCAUGGAUGCCCACCUCCUGCUCCUGAGGCUGCAGUGA